UUUUGCUUUUUAUAUUUGUAAAAUAACCCGUAAACUUUUGUUAAUGAAGGUAUGAAAAAUCACGACGUAACCUUAUAACAGGAAGUGUUUCGAUAACUCAAUGGAGAAUGCAGGCAAAUUGUACUUUACAAAAGAGCAGUUGGGUAACACGCCAAGUCGAAGAUGUGGAAUCGACGCCAAUAAAGAACUAUCUUAUAGACAACAAGCUGCAAAUUUCAUUCAGGAUAUGGGACAGCGACUACAAGUAUCUCAAUUGUGCAUUAACACAGCUAUUGUGUACAUGCACAGGUUUUACGCUUUUCACUCCUUUUCUGAAGUCCAUAGAAAUAGUUUGUCAGUUGCUGCCCUGUUUCUAGCAGCAAAGGUUGAAGAACAGCCUAGAAAAUUAGAACAUGUUAUCAAAGUUGCUCAUGUAUGCCUUCAUAAAGAUGCCCCACCAUUAGAUGUUCGAACAGAUGCCUACUUAGAAAAGCAGUUUGAAGUUGUUGCUCACGAAAAUGUUCUACUGCAGACCUUAGGUUUUAUUCUAGCCAUAGAACACCCCCACACUUACGUAGUCAAAGUGUGCCAACUUGUAAAAGCAAGCAAAGACCUUGCACAGACUUCAUACUUCAUGGCCACUACUAGUUUGCAUAUGACGACCAUGUGUCUACAAUACAAGCCAACUAUAGUAGCUUGUGUUUGCAUCCACUUGGCUUGUAAAUGGUCCAGUUGGAAAAUCGAGCCUUGUUCUGAAGGCAAAGAGUGGUACUACUAUGUUGAUAAAUCAGUAACAUUAGAACUGCUUGAAACACUCACUCAGGAAUUCAUAGCAAUCUUAGAAACAAGUCCACACAAAUUCCGACGGAGAUUCAUGGCUGCUCAAAAGGAAGCGGCGAACUGCAUGGCCAAGAACGCCUCCGAGGACUCCAACGGGCCGAGCAAGCACCACUUCGAGAACAAGAUCGGCGUGGCCAAGAAGGACACUUCUCCCGGGCCCUCCUGCCUCUCGUUCAGCCUCUGUCCCGACAUGGAGGACAAGGCGCCCCCCAAGCGGGAGGCGGCCGACAGGCCCCCCUCCCCUCCGCCCGCAAAGAAGAUCAAGCCGGAACCGACGCAUUCCAUAUCGCUGGAGUCCUACAGGGAAAAGAGGGAGAAGGAGAGGCUCGAGCUGAAGCACUCCGAAGCCAACUCCUCCAGGCCCGAGAGCAGGCCGCAGCUCCCGGAGGUGCUCUCGGAUUCCCUGGGGGAGUCCCCGGAGUCGCCGCCCCUGCCGGACUUCGAGAGGGAACCCCCCUCCCGCCCCGCUCCGGCUCGCAAAGUCAACCAUCAGGCCAAGGAGGCGCAUCUCAGCGCCACUCACCACAGAGAGGACAAGCCGGAGCACUCCUCCAAGAACCCGGUCAGUGAUCCCGUCGUGGUGCUGGAGAGGGUCAGGGUCAAGGCGGAGCCCAGGGAGCCGGACUUGCCUCGCGGCGCCCACGAGGACGGUACGGAACGCAGGGUCCCGCACGUCAGGGCGGCGGAGGACAGUGUCCAAAAGACUUCUGCGGACACGUUGCACACGAGCAAACAGCACAAGCACCAAAAGCAUAAAAUCAAUUCACUCACGAACAGCAACGGUUCCGGCACGCACGUCGCCGAACCGAACCCCGCCGAACGGCCCAAGGCCAACGGGUCGGAGGAGCCGGACCCCCUCGAAAAGAAGGUCCGGCCUCCCGCUCCGACGGAAGCGCCCCCCAAGCACGAGCGGCGCGAGAAACACAAGAGCAAGCACUCCGGCCGUUCCUCCAAGGACAAGUCCCUCAACAACCACUCGGAGCCCAUCAAGGUGAAGAUCCGCAAGGACCACAUCAUCCACCUGCCGGAGAACAACGGGCCGGAGGCCGGGACGCCCCCGGAGGCCCAGAGGGCGCCGGGGAUCAAGAUCAAGCUGAAGCCCCCCGUCGCCCCGGAGCCCCCCAAGCCCCCCAACAAGGCGCUGAAGAUCGUCAUCACCAAAGACAAGGGCUCCUACAGCACGUCCCACAGGAACGAGCGGGAGUCCCGCAAGCGGGCCGCCCACAGUCCCGUGAGAGACUCUUCCCACGACGCCAAGCACUCCAGGAGCCGGCACUCCGAUGCCAGGCGGCACCACCACCACCCGGGGGCGGUGCCGCCGCCGCCCAACCCCCCGGACUUUGGCGGCGCCCUCUACGGCAGGGGCUUCGGGGGGGACCAGCAGGCCUACUACCAGCCACAGUACUACCCGAAUGCCUACGAGCAAUAUCAGGUGUCACUGGUGCCUCCGCCCCCGCCUCCCCCCCUGCCCACGAAGGGGGGCGAGAACCCGCCCCUGCCCCCUCCCCUCCCCCCUCCCCCGCCGCCACCCCAGUAG